CUAAUAUUCGCACAAUGUCGAAGCUGUUGCAAAUGUCUAUUUUUCUUGAAAUUUCAACAGCAACCAACAACAUAAAUUUUUGCUUUUCUUCGUCUCUAACUUUGGCAAUAUCCACUCGAAUUUCCCCCAAAAAUACUAUUAGCUGUGUGACAUUGAAUUUUGAUUUUUAAAUGAAACGCAACCGUGGCCGAAGCUUACACAAUAAUUUUCAAAAUGUGAACACGAUUGAAUGUCUUUAAUUGAGUGUUGGGUGCGAAGCACGCGGGCUUCUCUUUGCCAUGGAGGGAGAAGCAAAUUCGUGUGAGUGAGAUGCAAAAGUUGUGCUUUUGAUUUGCUAAAAUGAGUUAGAGAGAUUGAGUGUGUGAUGCUUGUGAAAGACUUCGACGUGUUCCUCGGCAGCAGCGGCGGGAAAAAAGGUAACUCGGGGGGAUCUUUUUUUCGCUUUUAGCCAUUAAGUCGAACUUCUUAUAUGGCACACAAAUUCGACUCUGCUUUGGGCUUCCUCGAGCAUCAUUUUCACUUUCAUGUACCCUCAGUCAUACAAUUGCUUUCGAUCAAUCAACUUUUGAGUAUUCGUGAUUAAUUUCCACACGCAAAAGUUAACAUUAUAGAAACGCAAGGAAUUUGAUAUUUUCUGUGGUGGUUUCAAAAAUAGAGGCCACCAUGACAGUGAAGAAGAAAAGCUCAGAAAUUGUCCUAAUUGUGGGCGGAAGUGGAUUCCUCGGGCAACACAUCGUGAAGAUGCUCACGGAAGAUGACGACACAGUGGCUGAGAUUCGUGUGGUGGACGUGAAGCCGUACGAGAAUAAAUUGAAUCACAGUGCAUCGAAGAAAAUUACCACGUACAUCGGAGACAUUGGCGAAGUGGAUAUGAAAUGGGAAAUGGCAUUUGAGGGUGUUGACUGUGUAUUUCAUUGUGCCGCCUACAUUAAUUUUCAAUAUCCUCCCAAUGUAACUGAAUUAGAACGUGUAAAUGUGGAUGGAACAAGGAAUGUCGUGAAUUUGUGCGUGAAAUAUCGUGUACCUAGGCUUGUUUUCACGAGCACUUCAGCAGUUACACUUGUCCCAUACAUGGGAAGUACUUUCGCGGUGAUUCUCAACCAAACUGAGGGCAAAGCACGCGUCCCGGAUGAUGAAAGUGAAUUUAUUAUUCCUGGAUACAUUGCUUCGAAGUUGAGAGCUGAGAAAAUCGUGCUGGAUGCAAAUGAAACGCCCCUCAGGGAUUCUAAUGACGUUCUUAGGACUCUUUCUUUGCGCCCUACAUUGAUGUAUGGGGAAUGUGAUGAGCGAUUCUUUCCACUCCUAAUGCGUAUUGGGGCACGUUUUGGUGGACAAAUACCUAGAAUAGCUGGUGUAGGUGGGAAGCAGCAACUCACCUACGUUGGAAAUGCAGCUUGGGCACAUAUUUGUGCUAAAAAAGCCCUUGGAGAUGCAUUUGCUUGCCAGAAAGUUUCAGGACUGCCCAUUUUUAUCACAGAUGACUCCCCCAUUGAGGACACAGUACGGUUUUGUCAACGAAUGUCCAAAUCACUAACCCCGGAAGCUAAACUCAAACCAACAUGGUGGUCUAUACCUGGCUUUAUGACCUACUUCUUUGCAUGGCUCUUGGAGUUUUUUACAAUUUGCAUCUUAAAGCCACUCUUUGGGGUAUCAUUGCCUUUUCCACCGCGCGGCUUAGUGGCAUAUUCAUCGUCCAUCAUGAUGUACUGUCGAUUGAGGGCAUCCAUCCACUUGGACUAUGAGCCACCAUUCAAUGAGGCCCAAUCGAUUCAGAAUAGCGCGGUGUGGUAUGAAAAGUAUCGGCGUGAAGUGAUUUUUGGGGGACAAAAGGGGAGUGCCAAAUAAUUCUUCGUUUAGAAAGAAAAACUGCUACAUCAUCGCACAUUUCCAUGCCGUACGCAUUCCGCAACAACUCAAAGCUCCCCAAUCGAGUGGAAAUCUCAUCAAAAGUCCCAGGAUAUUGAAAGCGACACCUCACACAAUCCGCCCGAGGGAGCUUCCAUAGAAUGCCCUCGCCCUCGUGCCUCACCGGAAAGUCAUCAUUAAACUCCAUUAAAGAUUAACGACGUUUGGAGGUUCUCUCUCUCGAAUCUAAUGCUCUCGGAUACGCUUUCGUGAGUGCAGGAAUGUGACAACUAUGCAGGGGUGAAAGGUAUAUAUAUAUGUAUGUAUUUAAGUUAAAUAAAUUAUUUUACUUUUUUAAUGAAAUU